GAGGAGGCAACUGGAAAGCUAGAAAUUUAAACGCGAAACGAGUAAUCACAAUAAAGGAGAACUUAAAAGUGGAUCGCGACAAUAACGAGAUAAUAAAGGAAAUUCCAGUCUGUUGAAUUUAAAUUAACUUUGAUUUUUUUAUAAUCAAAUCUGCGAACUGAUUAGUAAGCAAAACCAUUGUGAAAGUUCAUCUCGGCAUUUACAUAAUUUUGUGAACACAACGCAACCUGUGCAAAGUUAUAUAACAUUUUUCAAUUGACAAUUAACUCAAAACCCGAAAGGAAGUGCAAUACAAUAUGACUGGCUAUAAUUCCAAAGGCGACGUGGCCACCAGCAAUGGAAAUCACAACAACAGCAGCGGACACAGCAAUGGACACAAGGCCGCCGAAUAUACCGCGCAGGAGAACCACACCAGGAGUGACAACCGUAUACAAUGCUCCCUUACACCCGAAGAGUUUCGCGCUUUGCGCGUCAUGCAUGAAGAAACGUAUCCCUAUGAGGUCAUUCAGGAGAUCGCCGACUUCAUUGUGAAGGGCUCAGGCAUAAGACCAAAGAUUGGCAUUAUUUGCGGAUCUGGGCUCGGCUCCCUUGCCGAUAUUAUUCAGGAUGCCAAGGUCUUCGAGUAUGAAAAGAUCCCAAACUUCCCUGUAUCGACAGUCGAGGGACAUGCAGGCAGACUAGUCGUCGGUACGCUGGAGGGCGCUAAUGUCAUGGCCAUGCAGGGGCGCUUUCAUUUCUACGAGGGCUACCCCCUGGCCAAAUGCUCUAUGCCGGUGCGCGUAAUGAAGCUCUGUGGCGUAGAGUAUCUUUUUGCUACAAAUGCGGCGGGCGGUAUAAAUCCCAAAUAUGCGGUUGGCGACAUUAUGCUCAUGCAUGAUCAUGUCAACAUGCUGGGCUUCGCUGGCAAUUCUCCCCUGCAGGGACCCAACGAUCCACGCUUUGGGCCCCGUUUUCCCGCUCUGGUCAACUCGUAUAACAGGGACCUUAUCAACAAGGCGAUUGAGAUUAGUAAAAUAAUGGGAAUUGAGUCAAAUAUACAUGUUGGUGUUUACUCUUGCCUUGGAGGACCAACCUACGAGACUAUAGCCGAAUUAAAGGCACUCCGCAUGAUGGGUGUUGAUGCAGUGGGCAUGUCCACGGUGCACGAGGUCAUUACAGCUCGCCACUGCGAUAUGAAAGUGUUCGCUUUCAGUUUAAUAACCAACAAGUGUUCCAUCGAGUACAGCGACAAGAAGGACGACGAGGCCAACCACGAGGAAGUCAUGGCUGUAGCCAAAAACAGGCAGAAGGCAUGCUGCGAGCUGGUUUCCCGACUUAUAGCUGAAAUCCAAAAAGGGUCGUAGACCAGCAGUCACCUGAACGAGGAAUCUUCGCAGCUGCGUUCGUCUGGUUGAUUUUAAAAUUAUUUUUAACCCUAAAUCAAGUUUUAAAAUUUACAGUAUAAGCUAAAAUAUAGAUAUUUAGAUAUAAGCAUAUGCGUAAUGAAUGAAGCCUAGAAUUAUGGCGCACAUUCAGUCAAGCAGGUGGAUCCAAUUUUGUUGAUCGUUCAAUCUCCAUUUUAAAAUUAAGCAUUUCUGCCAAUCUGCCUAAAGAUCAGGUAAACAGAAAUGCCCAGAAGAUCGCGGAAAAUAUUGUUCAAUGAUUUUUUUCUCCUGGCGAGUCCUGCGUCAAACACCACGUAUGGGAUAGGACUAUUAUCUGCCCAAAGAUCAUCAAAAUCGUCCUUACGGUUUCAGAGAUAUGGUUAUUGUCUUUAGAAAACAUUAAAUUGGCCACCCUAAGGACCUUUCUGAUUUCUUUUGGACAAAAUGUAGCCCUUGUCCUGCCAAUUUAGAAUACGCAGUAAAAAGGACAAAAUCCUUCAAGGAGCUGAGGAAAAGAGAUUUUUCUCUGUAGAGAUUAAAGGCUGUAGAUCGGCCGCAUCCUUGCUGACUAUGAUGUCCAUUUGCCAACCACUGAUAAAUUAAGGACUACAAUGAGCUCUAAGGACCUCCGCGACUGACAAAUCAAAUUUUUCCAGGAUCGGACUUUUAUUAAGCCAGAUAUAGCUAUUUUAAGUUAAAAUACGCAAAAAUUAUAGUCCAGUCUCGUUUUGUAUAAUUUUAAAAGAAAUAAUUAAUAAAACAAGAGGUUCUAGUCGAGAGCU